GUGUGAAGCCGAAAAUGACGGCGGUUUUCGUAACGUUCCGCAUUUUGCUGCAGCCGUCGAUGAGUGAACAGAGGCUGGCGAUGCAGUGGCUACGGUCAUUGAUCUUCCUGCGCAGGGCAGGUUGUUUCUUCGUCCGGGCGCUAGACUGCGGUUCAGAAGGGGCAGAAAAAAAAAAAAAAAGAAGUAAUAACUUGGGGUUCACAGGUAUGGCGCUUCCAUUGUUACUCAUCGUGAGAAGCAGCCAUCACGUGGUGAUAGAAGCGCGAGCCGAAUCCCAGGGCAGGCCCGCUCGCCCUCUUCUGGGAAGGGCACGGGGUGCGGCGCGCAGUCCGAGGAACUCGGAGGCGCCACCGGUGCUGGGACGACGACGCCAUAUGGCGAGCGCGCGUACACUGGCAGGCGCGCCUCUCUUGACUGUCCCGCCUCGCGAAGCGGUCGCGCUCGACGACCAAUGGACGGCCGCGGGUUCACGACGCCGAGCGCGUCACCGAGGCUGCACGUGACGCCGGAAUGCGUCGUCGUCCCCCGAGCGGCGUGUGUGUGAGAGCGCGCGUUCUUUUGCAUUCUUCGUCUCGCGCCGAACCGUCCCAUCGCCCGUCGCUCUUCCCUUUUUUUUUUUUCUUUACCAGCUCUUUAUCUCUCGCCCUGCUUCGCCGCUCUUGAAAAAGAGACCACGCGUCGGCGGCCGGCGCAUAGCAGCCCGCCGCGAGCCUGCGUUGAGCGCGCGCCUCGUCGAGGCAGGCCGUGGUCCGCGACUCCCGAGCGUCGGUCGGCCCGCAUCCCUCGUCGCUGAUCGGACUGAGCUCGUGCUGGGCUGUCGAGCGUGUGCAGCCGCUGCACCCGGUCUGCGGGUAGCUAGCUCGGACGAAAGGAUUUCCAUCGUUCUUUUUUUUUUUUUUUUUUUCAUUCUGAUUUUCCCGAGAGUUUCCGCUCGUAUCUAAAGUAGAUUUCGUCUCGUCACAGCACCAGUACGAUGGCGAAGGUAGCGAAAGUUGCAUUGUGUUCGAUUCUGUGCACCUUCUUCAGCGCUGGAGACACCGACGGUGCCACCAUCCACGAAAGGCGGCGGAACAGAAUAUUCACCACAAAAAAACAUCCACUUAUACUCGUGCCUGGCGACGGCGGGAGUCAACUCGAGGCCAAGUUGAACAAGAGCGAGACGGUGCAUUACUUUUGCGAAAGGCGAACCACUGACUACUUCGACCUUUGGGUCAACCUCGAGCUCAUGGUGCCCUACGUGCUCGACUGUUGGGUCGACAACAUGAGGUUGGUGUACGACAACAAGACGAGGACCACGAGGCCUCCGGACGGAGUGCAAGUUCGGGUCCCUGGCUUCGGCAACACGACCACUGUCGAGUGGCUGGACCCGAGCCAGGUGUCUCCAACUGCGUACUUCACAAGGAUUGUGGAAGAACUCGUGGCCCACGGCUACCAGAGAGGGAUCGACGUUCUGGGCGCUCCUUACGACUUCAGAAAAGCACCGAAUGAAUUGGGCGACUACUUCAGGCGACUGCGCGGGCUCAUAGAGGAUUCGUACACUAGCAACGAUAACAUGCCUGUCGUCAUGGUAUGCCAUAGUAUGGGAUGCCCCAACCUGAGAUACUUUUUUAGUCGUCAACCGCAAGCCUGGAAAGACAAAUAUGUUAGGGCCAUGGUGACCCUCGGGGGAGCUUGGGGCGGCGCCGUGAAGGCACUCAAGGCCUAUGCUUCCGGCGAGAAUUUGGGUGUCGUGGUGAUCAACCCAUUGUCGGUGCGACCCGAACAACGAUCGACACCCAGCUUGGCCUACAUGCUGCCCAACCGGCUCUACUGGAACGAGUCCGAGGUUCUGGUGAAGACUCUUAAGCGGAGUUACGGCCUGGCAGACUACGAGGCUUUCUUCAGUGACAUCGGUUUCCCAGAUGGUUACGAAAUGUUUAAGGACACUCGGACGUUUAUGCUCGACACCACGGCGCCAGGAGUCGAGGUCCAUUGUCUGCAUGGCCGAAACGUCAGCACCAUUGAGAGGAUCGAGUACCACAAGCCGGGCUUUCCGGACAUCCAGCCUGAAGUCGUGUUCGGCGACGGCGACGGCACCGUGAAUAUUCGCAGCCUUCGAGGCUGCCUGCGCUUCCAGAGCGGUCAGAGCCAGCCCGUCUACGAGAAAACACUCGACAACGUGGAGCACAUGAGCAUCCUCUACGACAAGACCGCCAUCGACUACAUCACGGCGCUCGCUAUGGGACACUGACACGCCCGAGUGUGGCCCCAUUAGGACAAAAAGGCGCUGUGCGAGCAAGUGUUCGGCUUUCUGGUCGCAGUGGGUGGUCGCGUCGUUGCAAUCUCUAUGAUUUCUGUCUAACAGCGUUUCGGGAACGAAAGGACACGCAGUUGGUGUGUGCCUCACGAUUUCGGGACUGCGACCGCUAUCGCCUGAGCGCAGCCGCAUAUGCUCUGAUGGUACGCCACCUGCUCGCCUCACGGAACGUACUCGUUCUGUGAUCAACCCUGCAUCGUCAAAGCCAGAUUCUGAAUACUCGCAAGCUGUGCCCCGCACACAGUCGCUGCUCUUACGACACUGUACUAAUCUGGAAUCGCAACGCUGUGAACUUUUACUCGUACUCUCUUGGCAGCGCAGUACUGUGGCGGACACAUUAUACGUUCUAAGAACGAGUUGGUCACACGUGCCCUCUGCGCCUUUUUUUUUUUUCGCUCAUUCACCUUAGCCCUUUUUGCUUCACAUGAGCUCGUCCACAUCUCACGAACGGCAGUACUUCUUGGUACAUCGUGGACUUUAUGGAGUGGCCUGUGCCGUGGUUUGCUUAAGCACAUGCGUGGGGCGCGGAGCCGCCCAUCCGCGUGGACUAUCGUGGAAAGCGUUUCGACGCUUCUCGGCAAUGGCGGCACGCAGUUGCCACGGCGAGUGCAGCGUUGUUCGUGUUGUAACAACUCGCGGAGUGAUUGGGGAUGUCGCAUCGGUUAUUUAUGUCAUACUUUGUCGGAAUGCGCGAAUUUCACCCAAGCAGCACGAUAACACGGGAAACCAUUCAGCGUGAGUGUUGUCGUUCUGAUCGUUACCCGAUGUGGAGUGGUCGAAGACGUUGUUACCGCGCACUCGGGAGUCUGCCCCGUUCGGUGCUCACUAAGCCUAUCGAAUUGGCCUGUCGUCUUCAAGUUUGCUUCAAAAGCACUUAGAAACAUUAUUGACUGAAUGCGCUGAAUCAGGUGUAUGCAAAGAAGGAGUUAUGAUCACUUUCCAAAACCACUAAGAAACCUGGCGAAGAAAAAGAUGACAAUGUGAAAAUGUCUCAGAUUAAAUAGAAUGGCUCGGUGCUAUCCUACCAUUAUGAUGCGUAUGGCAUUAUAUGGGCGACUUAGGCGCUUUCUGCAUGUGAUUCACUGUGUGCUGCGAAGAGAGAUCUUGCACUCGUUUGUGUGCUUUACUAAUAUUUUGCAUAGAAAUGUAAUCUACAAUGUGUCACUAUUUCCUUAAUUGCGAUACUGUGUUUAGAAAAGAAAAAGCAUGUGCCCAUUAGUAUCCUCCAGUGUUUCUAGAGAAUCUGUGCAUCUGCGACGCUCACGUGGAGGCCCUUUUUUUGUCUUGAUGCCCGAGACUAACAGCUGCGUAGUAUAAGUGGAGGGGGAGGUUAAGGUAACGACGUCUUGGAGGCUGCCUUUCCCGAUACCGACUCAGUCCCGGUUACAAAGUUCGCUAAUUGUAUUGCUUUAUACAGAGGAAAGUCGUAUGGAAUUCACGAACCAUUUCGUUGGUAAGUGCCAUUCACCAUUGGCCGGCCGGUUUCGUUCAUAUUUCCGGCAUCAGGAUUGCCUGGCAUCUUCUCUUGCGAACAGUUCUAUAGCGUAUCAACUUUUUGUGAAUACUGUUACAUAUUCGAGCCCCUUUCAAUGUAAAGGGAAAUAAAAAAAAUAUCUGCGUGUCUCCUGACUGAGCUCGCAAUUAAACGUGUUA